AUGACGCGCCGUAUAGUACGGACGGGCAUUCAGCUCAUAGCCCUUACCAUCGUCGUCUCCCUAACCAUAUUCUUCCUCGAUAACCGCUACCGCGUCCUCCCCCAAUCUGUCCACAGUCACAUGCCACUGCACCACGAUGGCCUCGUUAUCACCGAUAUCACCGUACAGACAUGUUCGACCAUCAAUCCACUCUCCAAGUGCAUGCUAGACCAGAAGAAAUGGCAUCGCAUAGAGAAGGACCUGUACCUCGGCUCCGGCUGGGUCACCAAAGGAUACGUCCACAUCAAGCGCAAGCGGGAAGAGGAGCUCAAGACAGAGGACAAGGUCAUUAUCGACGUUCGUACAGGCAAGCUUGAUCCCUCUGUGGGAGAGAAGGCCCAGGCGUCGGAGAAGUGGGAGUCGCGCCCAGCUGGCCUCUGGAUCAAGCGCUCGUUGAAGCGUCACGCGAGCGACGACAAGAAGGCAGUGACGGCCGUAGACAUCCUAUUCGGCGCCGACGCAGUAGAGCCACGCCCUGGCUGGGAGCUGGUCAAGAACGGAGCCCUGCAUCUUGAGACGGGCAAAGCAAGCACAGAUCCUCGCCUGAGCAUACGAAGAGGCCCAGCAGCCAAGCUCGAGAAGCCCGUACCCAAGAUCAGAAAGGAUGGCAAAUUCAAGAUUAUGCAGAUCUCUGACCUGCAUCUCAGCACUGGUCUCGGCCACUGCAGAGACGCAGAGCCGCCAGGCCACAACGGCGGACACUGUGACGCCGACCCCAGGACCAUAGAGUUUGUGGAGAGGGUGCUAGACGACGAAAAGCCAGACUUCGUAGUUCUGUCUGGCGACCAAGUCAAUGGCGAUACAGCACCUGAUGUGCAGAGCGCCAUGUUCAAGAUAGUCGAACCCCUCGCAGAGCGCAAGAUACCGUACGCAGCCAUCUUCGGCAACCACGACGACGAAGGCACCCUCUCCCGCCACGCACAAAUGGACCUCUACGACUCGCUCCCCUACUCCGUCAGCGAACCCGGUCCCAACACAAUCGACGGCGUAGGAAACUACUUCGUCGAGAUCCAAGCCCACGGCAGCAAGCACUCCGCCCUAACCCUCUGGUUCCUCGACACGCACGCCUACUCGCCAGACGAAACCCACUACCGGGGCUACGACUGGCUCAAGCCCAACCAAAUCGACUGGUUCAAAGCCACCGCCGGCGGCCUGAAAGAAGCACACAGCCACUACACGCACAAACACCUCAACAUGGCCUUCAUCCACAUCCCCCUCCCCGAAUACGGCAAUCCAGACAACGACCGCGUGGGCAACUGGACCGAACCCAUCACCGCACCUGCUUUCAACACGCACUUCAAAGACGCCCUCGUCGAAUACGACAUCAAAGCCGUCUCCUGCGGCCACGACCACGUAAACGACUACUGCGCCCUCUCCAAAGAACCCGAGACCGGUGAUCCAGAGUUGUGGAUGUGCUAUGCGGGUGGUAGUGGCUUUGGUGGCUACGGGGGUUACAACCACUUUCACAGGAGGUUAAGGGUGUUUGAGAUCGAUACGAAUCAGGCGCGCAUUGUGACGUGGAAGAGGUUGGAAUAUGGGGAUACGGGGAAGAGGCUCGAUACGCAGAUUAUUGUUGAUUCGGGGAAUGUUAUGCCGAUUCAGGUUGCGAAUCAGGAGUGA